AACGAUUCAUUUCGUUGUACUGCUUCUUGGUAGGGCUCAUUCUGCGGAAAACUUUUAUAAUUGAAUUUUCCGAUUGUUUCUUUGCAGGCUUGGUCUUGUCGGUCAUUUUCUUGCUGUCACCACCGAUGAUAGCAGCCACUGGAGAUUUGAUUUCCGCCGUCUGCUUGUUAGCUGCUUGAGUAUCUGUAAACAACAAUUCUUAUCAAACACGGCCAGGCACAUUCGGGUAUCCAGUUUUAAUCUGGACUGGGUAACAGGCUUUACAUAUCGGGAUGUUGUUUCAUCUACUUGCUGAGUCUUCUUGGAUAUAAUGUCAUAGUAGAGAGCAAAGUCUCAAAAGUCAUAUUACAGCCGAGUUAUUAACCCUUUCUCAGAUUACCUUAAGUCCCUACUCUUAAUUUGAAUCGUACGUUUUCAUCUUAAAGCAGAAGAGGGCUAGCCUGUUGAGUGGAAAAGGGGCGAAAUGAUAGUAGAUGGGGGUGCAUGCACUUGUACGAUUGAACCGUUACUCACACAGCCUUACUAAGGACUGUGAUUGGUCUUAUCCCCAAACAGCUCGUACCGAUAGUCCUCGAGACAGAUUAUCAGAAAAGAGUUAAAGACACGGGAGCUUCAUCACUAUUUUCAAAACUUACCUUUGCUACGUCUAUUUCGUCGCGAAGUAUUUUUGAAACCUCUACAGGUUUAUCUUCAAUUUCGCAGCGUUGAUGUGCCAAUUCUAUGAACGUUCUCAGCCGCCAGCUGCGUCGCAAGUGAAAACAAAGCAGUUUCUUCAGGAUUUAUAUUCUUCAGGAAAUCAUCUCCAAUUGAAAAUUAAUGUAUUCGAGUACCACUUGACGCGUUAUAUAUUAGAAAUAAUUUAUGCCUGUUGCUUUGUGGCGUAGUAGUCUCGCUUGACUGCAUACAUCAUUCGCUGUGACUAUGCCAAUUUAUAUUAAUCAAUUUUAUUAUUCCAAUAUUGUUACAACACAUAAUAUAUAAUAUAUUGUACGCAGAAUGCUAUAACAAGUUCAAUCACCUGAAACUGCGUCGUGUUGUUUUGAUGUUGGAUAGGUCAGCACUCUAAUUACGCGCAUAUAUUCGUAUUCAUUGUCCUAUUUGUCUUUAAACAGCGGGUAAUGCACUUAUUGAAUUAAUAAUUGUUUUAUGUAAAUACUAUCGAACGCUAUAUAAGCAACCCAAUUUAAUCCGUAGUGCAGAUAGUAUACCAUUUGCUUUCAAAAUACAAAAACGUCUCUUUUGUCGACAUGUCUUCCAAACAUCUAUUCUUUGUCCCAAUCGAAUGGGGUAAGGGAGAUUAUACGCCAGAAAUUUUGGAAUUUAUACUCAAAGCGGAGAUAUCACGUGAGCAAAUAAUCAUGAGAGUCCAGGGUAUUAAAGUAAACAUUGAAGGCGUCACGGCACGUCUUCGAUAUCAUAACUUACAGCCCUGGAUGCGUAAGGAUCAGGAUAACAACUCAAGGCCAAAUUCCAAUGAAUAUUUUGGAUUAAACAUUUCCUAUGACGAUAACACCAAGACAGUGGACAGUCACACACUAUUGCGUGAUCUGCAAGGAUCAUCGUUUUUCGAUGCAACCUCUCAUAGAUACCUGUACCUGGUUCCCCGCGAAUGGUUAGCCCUUCCAUGGGUCGCCUUAGAAAGUACACUUCACGAAGAGAUUUCAAGCUACUAUAGCAAACAUGGGAAGCUUGAAGGUGCUGCGAUUCGGGUUCGAAACGUAACAGCAUUUCUACAAUGUUACAAUGGACAUUUCUGGAUGCGCAAAUAUCAGGAUCAAAGAGAUAAGCCGCACCUCACAGAAUAUUUAGCAAUCCUUCUUCCUUGCAUUGAUUGCAGCCCGCCGUAAGUCACAUGAUCAAUAGU